AAACUCAAAACAUUAGUGAAGUUCGUGCGCAUGCCGUUGUUAUGAUGGCUCUUCGGGCAGUGAUGACUUCUAAAGUCCCUAUGGUGAUAAUUUUAGGUGCUACAGGUACAGGGAAGACCAAGUUAAGUGUGGAAUUAGCACAAAAGUACGCCACGGAGAUCAUCAGCGCAGAUUCCAUGCAGAUCUACAAAGGUUUAGAUGUGGUGACUGCGAAGGCUUCAGCUAAAGAACGAGAGAUGGCGCCUCAUCACCUCCUGGACAUACUGGAACCGCAUCAGAUGUUUACCGUCGUGGACUUCAGAAACAGAGCUCUUAAGAUCAUAGAUGAUCUAACAGAAAAAGGGAAGAUACCUAUCGUAGUCGGUGGAACAAAUUACUACAUAGAAUCUAUUGUCUACAAAAUAUUGGUAGAAAACAUGGAUGAUAAUGAAGCUUUGUUAUGGGACAAGAGUAGAAGAAAAAGAGAUUUAGACAACUCAGAAAUGGAUGAGGAAAUUAAUAAUAAGAAACAAGCAGUAGAACCGACAAACACAGAAGUAGAAGAACCUACAUUAUCAACUGAAACUAAUAAAGAAUUGGAUAAUUCUCUAAUAACCAAAGAAAAACUACAACAAGACGUAGAUAAUGAAAAGGUUUUCACGAAUGAAGAGAUUCACGCAAAAUUGCAUGCAAUAGAUCCAGUCAUGGCGGGACGUUUGCAUCCAAACAAUAGGAGAAAAAUACUAAGGUCAAUAGAAGUAUGGCUGAAGACAGGUCGUCGUCACAGCGAGAUCCUUGCUGAACAGAAACUGACUGAGGGCCAGCUGCGGAAGCCUGGGGAAACCAUCAUCUUCUGGCUGAAAUGUGAACAGGCAAUUCACGAUGAGCGACUGAACUCCCGUGUGGACUCCAUGAUAAAAGAUGGACUCAUUCAAGAGCUUCUGGAUUUUCAUGAUAAACACAACAAACAGAGGAUACAGGAUGGAAACCCACCCGACUACACAAAAGGCGUCUUCCAAACGUUAGGAUUUAAAGAAUUCCAUGAGUAUUUAAUGUUAUCUGAAGAGGAAAGAAAUAGUGAGAAAGGGAAAAAAAUACUUGAACAAAGUAUAGAAAACAUGAAAAUGGGUACUAGAAGGUACGCCCGCCGGCAGAACAAGAUGGUUAGAGGAAGAUUCUUGGAACAUCCUACAAGAGAAGUACCACCUAUUUACGAACUUGAUACUACAGAUGUUUCAAAAUGGGACAAAGAAGUCAAAAGCAAAGCUAUACACAUUAUAGAAAGUUAUCUUAACGAAUCUCCUUGUGACUUUCAACCAUUAAAGCCGGACAUAGAUGACGCUCUACGGGAGGCUGAUGGAAACUCACAUAACUUCUGUGAAGUGUGCAACAGAAUAAUCAUAGGAGAUAAUACCUACGCCAUUCAUCUCAAAUCUUUUAGACAUAAGAAGGUACUGAAGAAAAAACGCCAGGAGGAGGAACGCAAGAAGAAUAAAGAAGAAAUCAAUGAGCCUGCUGUUUAGUUUAUAACUGAUUUGAUGUAAAUAAAAUAAUAGACAAAUAUA